UCCGCCGCGAGCCCGGGGCGCUCGUAUCGCUGCUGCCGCGCCGCGACCGCGACCGCGAGUUGUGUGAGAGGAGGCAAGAGAGGCGGCGUGUCGUUGGCGUGAAAAGGGCGUCUCGGACUCGGACUCUGUGCGAAUUUUAAUUUUGCCUUGUGCGUCCCGCGCCGUGCCGCGGCAUGCGGCUGAAGGGUGGCAGCCCCGGCCGACGGGGUGGCGGCCAGUGACGCGACAGGCCGACAGGCCGGGCCGACCCUGUCCGUGAAAGUGAAGUCAACGCGACUUGAAGAGGAGAGGAGAAGAGAAGAUGGCGGAGCGCGGGGUGGGUGGCCGUCAGCUGCCCCUCGCCCUGGGGGCCCUGGGCCAGACCCACAUCUCCCAUGGGCAGCCGCACGCACAGGCCGGGCCCAAGCCCGUGCCCAUGAAGCUGUUCGCCACCUGGGAAGUGGACCGCACCCCGCCCAACUGCAUCCCCAGGCUGUGUUCCCUCACCCUGUCCAGGCUCGUGGUGCUGAAGCCCCUGGGACCUGACCUAUCAUCCCUCAGCAUCGCGGUGAAGAUGCAGGGCCUCAAGCGCACGCUGCGCUCCAACGAGCUGGUGCUGCCGCCGCGCGGGCUGCUGGACACGGAGCUGCAGCUGCACUUCUCGCUGCAGUACCCGCACCUGCUGAAGCGCGGCGGCAACCAGCUGCACGUGAGCCUGCAGCGCCGCAAGCGCUACAAGAACCGCACCAUCCUGGGCUACAAGACCCUCGCCGAGGGCGUGGUCAACAUGUCGCAGGUUCUCCAGAAGCAGUUGGACCUGGAGCUGGAGCUCUGCGGCGACUCCAAGGAGCCGAAAAGCCACCACAACGUGGUGGCCAGAGUGUCCGUGCUGGGGCUCAACUCGCAGCCCGUGGACCACGAGGACACCGCCAAAGUGAAUCCCCACGAUGUUUCUGAUCGUGUGGGAGACUUCUCUGACGAGGAUGAAGAGUUUAGUUCAAAUGAAGAUGGCGUGGAAGAGGCGGAGGGUUCGGACUCGGAGCCGAUGCUGGAGGACAACGUGGGCCGGAGAGCACUGCAAAGGCAGCGACAAAGGCAAGCCGCCCGAGCAGGGGCGAUACCCACCAACGCCAGACAACGCAAUCUCAAGCAGAAAUUUAUUUCCCUAUUGAAACGGUUUCGUGUUAGUGAAGAUCUCCAAGGGCUGGAUCAUGAUCAAGAGGAACUGGCAAUGUCUCACAAAUUAUCAGCUGGUGGAAUGGACGCCACUGAGUUCGAGGAUCUCAUGGAAGAGCUUGGAGAAUUGUCGGGGUCUGACUCAGGACCUGAGGUGGACACACUGAGCAUGUCCUCUACUCCCAAACCAUCCCUGCGCCCAUUUUUCUCUAGCAGCCGAUCCCUAGUCCACGAUACUCUAAAUGUCCCAGGAACUGGCUCAGUCGCUGCUGCAGUAGUUCACCAGCCCAAACAGGUUGUGCCAACAGCAAGCUCUCCUACUGCAGGUGUCCAGACUGCCCAAGUGCCAGUGGUGGCAACAAUACCUUUGCCUGCCUCGGGCCCAGACAAAUCUGGUGAUCGUUUAAGUGAUGAAAGUUCGAAAAAAGCGGAUUCUGAUUCUCAUCCAGAAAAUUGGACUGAUCACGAAACUAGUGAUCCCCCUCCCCCAACAUCAUCUCCUCCCAAACAAGAUGGAGAACGUGAAAGAGAUCGCAAAAGUAAAUUGUUUAUGAGAGACCGUAAUGCCAGUGCCUUGAAAACCAAGAAACAGCUUAGUGUUGUUAGUUUUGGAGAACAUCAAACACGGUCUAAUAAUUCUAAUAGCAAUGCUUCGGGUGAUAUAACACCUAGUGAGCCCCGAAAGGUGCUUCUGGAACAACUUUCUAAGAUAUUACCUGCUGAUGAUGUGCCACCAGAUCAUCUUAUUCUUGUAAAUGUGUCAGAAAUGGGUGGAGCCAGCAUAGCAAAUCGACUGGCUGACUGGCAGCACAAGGUUGUUGGUACAGCUGGAAUGGGGGAUGUACGAGCUGCAGUUAGUUGCAUUCUUGGAAAAAUUCAGAAAUUCUGUAACUCUAGUUCAAGAGCACCAACUCCUUUAAGAGUAUUGUUGAUUGGUGGAGACUCAUUUUUACAUAGUGUACUAAGGUGUUAUGUAGAGCAACUUUCAUUCAAGCCACCUGAGUGGCAAAGUUAUCUAAGGUUUCUCUCUGUUCCUCUUGGUGGGAGCUGGCUCGGAAGGUAUUUGUGUUCUCUGGAUGCAAAUUAUGCAUCUGCAUUUGGGGGCGAUGCAUGGCGAGAGGUUGUGGAGAGAGCCGAAAGAGGAGAACUUUGCAAAGCCGACUGGCAAGAGGUGGUGGGCCGAAUAUCACGAUAUCUGCAUAAUAAUUUUGGUGCUUUAUUGCAUCUUCCUGUUGCUGAGGCCAUGCUAACAUAUAAAAGCUCUGAUGAAGAAUCUUCUCAAAUAUUCAUUCCUUUUAUGAAUGAAGUUCGCCUUGGUUCCCAAGAGCCAGUGUUAUCUGCAUCAGUAGACCUCGAAGAAAGUGCAUCGUCUGUGAUAUCAGGUUCUCCACCUUCUCAUCCACAGCUUGGGCCAGCUGGGUCUCCAGCUGGUCCUAACAACUACCAGAUGUCUGUGAUACCCAGUGAUAGGAAAGGGGAACGUAUAACUCCCCCAUCUUCGCCCAAUAUCAAUAGUAUUUACAUGGGACCUCCAAGAGAAAGCCCACAGCCUGAACCUAUGGAACUCCAGCUUGACUAUUGGCUCUGCAGACCAGCAGACACUCCUCAGGGAUCAGCUGGGAAGCCAACCAAACCUGAUUCUGCCAAAUCUACCCUCAAGACAGCGUUUCGAUCACUGCAAGUUGCACGUGCUCCACCCUGUGGUGAAUUCCCCCCAUCAUUUACUCCUCAACAAAUUCAGCAACAGCAUCAAUGGCUUCAACAGCAGCACUUGUUUCUGAACUAUUGCACCAAAGAGAAAAAACAAAAAAUAAUGAGAUUAGGGAAGAAAAAAGAAAAGGAGAGAGAUAGCGAGACAGGAAAAAACCAGUCUGUGGAUGGAGUGUCAAGACUCAUAUGUUCUCCAAAAAUCCACAACAUUCCUUUAAGAGUGAGCAUUGAUGGUACCGAGUGGUCAGGUGUCAAGUUUUUCCAGUUGUCUGCUCAGUGGCCAACACACAUAAAACACUUUCCAUUAACCUUGCUUGGUUCAGUGUCUUUACCUACUGAUACUUCUCCAUUGUAGUUGGGCAACGAUCAACAAACAAGACUAGAUGGAAUUUGGGUUAAAUUUUUGUCUUCUAACACGGACAUGAAUCCCUCUCAUGAAUAAGUCUUUCUUUCUAAAUCUUGAGCUGUGUGAUAUUGUUUUAAAGUAUGUAUUUGGUUCUGUUAGUUACGGGCAGAUAUCUGCUUGCCUAGUCAGCAUUAUUUCAUAAUUCAUAUCAUUAUCCUCUUUCCUUUUCUCCAAAUGUAAGUGCAUUAUAUUAUUGUAUGAUAUGGAAUAAUAAUUCUGAAAUGAUGGGUUGAACUUAUGGUAAAAUAUCUGUAUUAUCUUUAAGAGUUAGGUCUUAGCACAGAAUGUGUGCUGCUUAUAUUGGCUGUGUAUUGAUUGCUUAGAUUUUAUCUUGCUUGUGAUGAGAGUUGGAUUUAUAUGCAUCCAUAAUUGAAAUGACUAUGAUUUUACAAUUUAUUAACAAAAGUGAUUUUUUUUAAAAAGUUGUUUCUUUGUAAACGAAAAAAAUAUCUUCGAAGAAUUUUUAACUGAAAAGAAUGUAGAGUUGUACUGAGAUUGGAGAAAAGAAUAAGGAAAUUGAGAGGAUAAUAGAAAAGGGGCAUGCAUUACAGUGACACGAUAGAGUGUGAUAAUGUUCUCUUUUCUUUAACAAUUCUGAGAGAGGAAAACGUUUGGGAAAUAUGGUAUUUCCAAUUUGUUUCUGUCUGAAGGUUUAGUCUUCCUGAGGUCUCUCAUGAUUUACUUUAUCGUGUUUGUGAGUAUGUGUGAAUGCAUUCUUUCGUGCUCAGAAUAAUUUAUUUGCUCUCCUUCCUUUCAACUCCAUAGUCUUUUCACCUCUCAGUCUUAGUUUUUUUUUAUUGACUAAAGUAGCUCAGUAUUGUGAAUUUUCUUGCCCAAUGUUGACUGCAAACAUUAUAUAGACUGCAAGCAUACAGUCCUAGUCAUGUUUAGUCUCAGCAAUUAUAUUAACUUUGCUGUUGACUGAUGAAUGUUUACUGUUGCUUGAAUA